AUGUCCGACAAAAGAAAAACGAAGAAACACGAGAAGCCUGAAAAGGCAGAAAAGGCAGUUCCCGAGAAAAAGGUUGUCGACAACAGUAAAGACAGUUUUGACUUCAAGCACGAGUUCAAAAACUCCGAGUUUGAUUUUGGCUCAUCUGACAGCGACACGGAAUCGAAAGACAAAAAUGACCACCCGGAUGACAAAAGCGAAGAACAAGAUAAACCCAAGCGCAAGUUCAAUGUCGUGCUGACGGACACACCAACACUCAAAAAGACGGCAAGCAUUCAAAAGCCCAAAUUCAAUCUUCCACCAUCAAGACUCAAAAGUAAUGCACCACCACUCGAACAGUUCCAAGCUGGAAUUCAAUUUUUGGAGACCGGAGACUUCACAAAGGCAUCUGCCGCGUUUGGUCUUGUUGCUGAGAAAACCGAAAACAAAAACGAAGCGCAACUUGCGUUGGCAUAUCACCUCUGUUCUGACAUCUUCCAAAAAAUCAACGGAUCUCCAGCUACUAUGGAGGUCUUCUUAAUCUCGCUUUUACUUGGACUUCCCUUAUUGGCUCCACAUCGAAAAAUCGUCAUCGACUUAGCUACAAAUUUCUUACCAAAACAAAAGAUACAAAUUCCAGACUACGUCGCACAAGAAGUUGGGAUUGACAAGAGUGUGAAUGAAAACAAUCAAGUGCUGCACGGGAAGUGUUGGUCAUGUGGGAAGGAGAUAUCUUUGUUAGCAUUGAAAUGUGUAUGUGGUGCGGAGAGGUAUAUUGACUGCUCGACGUUGGCACCAGUGGCAAAAGCGCCUGUGAAGUGUGAGAAGUGUGGUGCGGUCUACGAGGAUGGGAAGGAGAUGUGCACCAUUUGCAAAGGGAAUUGCUCGAAAUUUUGA